AUGGCGGCCCCGCUGAAGCUGGAGCAGGAUGUGCAGGGGAAGGUGGACUCGUUUCGGGCCCGCAUUGCGCAGGAGGCCCAGGACCUGGUGUCCACCUUCUUCCCGCAGAAGCUGUCCGAACUGGACAGCCGAGUCCAGGAGCUCCGCCUGCAGGACCUGUCGCGGAUCCGCUCGGUGCCGGCUCCCCCUUGCGCCCCGGACACGGCGGGGGAUGGGCCCAGCUGGGACCCACUGGCCACCCCAGGCCCCGGCCCGGUGGCCGCCAAAGGCCCGGCGCUGCCCUGCGCCGAGGGGCAGCUGCUGCGCAGCAACCACCACCUGGUGGAGCUCAUCGAGCGCGUCAAGCCCGAGAUCGAGCUGCUGCGAGAGAAGUGCAACACGGUGCGCAUGUGGGUGCAGCUGCUCAUCCCCAGGGUGGAGGACGGCAACAACUUUGGGGUGUCCAUCCAGGAGGACACGGUUGAUCAGCUGUGGACGGUGGAGAGCACUGCCGCCUCCUACCUGCGGCGCUUCUCGACCUACUACAACACGCGGGCCAAGCUGGUGUCCAAAAUUCUGAAGUACCCGCAGGUCGAGGACUACCGGCGCACAGUGGCCGAGGUGGACGAGAACGAGUACCUGAGCGUGCGCCAGAUCCUGCUGCACGUGCGCAACCAGUAUGCCACGCUGCAUGAUGUCAUUGUGAAGAACAUUGACAAGAUCCAGACGCCCCGCAGCACCCACGCCGAGGAGCUCUACUGAGCCUCUGGCCGGGUUGGCAGGUGCACGCAGUGUGGACUGCAGUGUGGACCGGGGCACCUCCUCCACUACUGGCCAGGGCCUCCUCCUGUUGGCCACACCAACUUGGCUGAGGCGAAGGGCUCCUUCCACCUGCUCCCGAGAGGCUGGACAACUGUGAACUGUCUAGGGGCUUCACCCGCAGGUCCCCAG